AUGUUGGAUUUUUUUGUUUUCCCUCGCGAACUGCGAGACCUCAUCUACAUCCAGUAUGCCAUCGUUGAUGGCGGAUACAUCCUCAACCCCCACAACAACAAGUUGAAGCGCGCUGAUGAGAGGCCGGUCUCAUUUGACCUUGCUUUCAUGCUCACGUGCAAGCUUGUUGCCAAAGAAAUGAAGGGCGUGAUCCUGGCUGCCAACACCCUUACUUUUUCCACGUUCUACUCAGAUGGCGAGCGAUUGAAUGCUUGCCACUUUGGGCGUUUGAUGGACAAUCUGGACAAUCACCUGAUCGGCAAACUCUAUCAGUGGGCUACAACGUGUUACAAAGACGAUAUCGCCGAAACCAUCACGAAUGCGUAUCCGCAGUUCAAGCCACUCUUGGAUCUUAUCAGAGACGAUCCCGAAUUCGAUGGACUGUGGGGUCUACUAUCAAGAAGAUCGUGCGGUGAGACACCAUCGACUUACCGCGAAUUUGUUCGCUUCGCUUUGAGAGCAGUUGCUAAACGGAGACGCCGAUUCCCCAAGAAGUUCGCCAAACUUUCAAAGAAUAGAUCUACACACCCAAAACUUCCCUUCAAGCAGCUCCUGAAACACAUCCCCGAACCCUGGGCCAUUCCCACUUCAGAGUUCGUUGAGGAAAUGAAGAGCAUCAUGGACGACGAACAACACGCGCAUCGAGAUCAGGACAAGAAUAAGAAAUAUCACUACUCAGCCGCUGCUGUAGCCAUUCGAUUCCUGCGAUCCUUGUCCAGAGAAGACCGCGCGAGUGUCAGAAGCAUUGUCCUGAACGAGGAUCGAGCAGCCGUAUCGAACACCGAGUGCCACGCACUUGGCCUGAUUCCUUUUUGCCAAGAAAACCCUCAUCUACGGAUAGAGCGAAGGAGCAGCAUCAGCCAUACCGGCAACAGAGCGAACACGCCGUCCUCUGGGAGAGGAGUCAGUGACACUGAGGAACCCUCAGAAGCCGCGACCCUCGAAGUGAGACCCUGGUUCAUCAACGCCAACGUCUUCCGCACGCCUAUCCUCAUCGGCGAAGUCGCCGACGCGGCUUUCACAACCCGUUUUCGUCAGGUCAUCACAGACCCCAAUUCGCCACAGCCAAAACACAUACUGAGGCUCAACUACGCCCCGGACAGAGAGCUGAUGAGCCUCGUCAAGUCGGAUAUCACUUGGCCGACGCCAUCUCGUUCUCGUUUUCUCGUCGAGGUCGCUCUCAAGUACGUGAGCCGGCGCUAUCAUGUCGUGCGCCGGAGCUCCAUCAUGGAGAACCUGGAACAGAGUAUUCACAAUCCGUCAUGGGGGGACUUGAUGCUUCGAUCGAAGUUGUGGGCGCUGUUCGCAAUUGGUGAACUGUACUCGACGCGGUCCAUCCCAUCUGAAAAGGACUUCCCUGGCAUGCCCUACUUCGCGAAAGCCUCCAGGAUACUUGGCGUGCUCGACGAGCGGCCCGGAACAGACUCCAUCGAGAUUAUGCUCCUUAUUUCAUUUUACUCCCUGGCUCUCAAUCGCAGAUACAGUGCUUUCGUCAUGUCCGGAACCGCAAUGCGUAUGGCUAUCGUGAUGGGACUACACCUCAACAUCCCAGAAUCUCAGCUUCGUGAUCCAGACUUGCGAGAGCAUAGGAAACGAUUGUUCUGGACGACUUAUGUCUUUGAUCGCAUUUGGGCGUCUAAGCUUGGUCAUCCGAGCGCUAUUCAGGACAGUGACAUCGGAGUUGAUCUUCCCUCAGAGCCGGUCGUCGGGCAGACCUUUGCUGCCGACUUCGAUGACACAUCUUACCACAUAGCCAGUCUCCGACUGGCAGCUCUUGUCACCAAGACUGUCCGCUCAAUCUAUGGCCAGAGAAAUCAGGGUGAGGCUACAUUGUCCACCAGAGUACAACAGGCUCUCAAAGACCUUCGAGCCUGGGUUGAAGACUUACCUACUCACUUGCAAAUCGACAAUCCGGAAUCCCAAACGGGCCCAAAGCCCAUCUCACUUCAUCUUUCUUUCAAUCAGUUGCGGGACGCCGGAAACUUUGCCGCGCAGGAGUACUGUCAUCACGUCGACGUGAUGAAGGCUGACGUUGAUAAGGUCUAUGCCAAACGGAUGGGAGUUGGACUGGAUUUCCCGAACCAAACCUCGGGCUUCAAUGAUGAUGCGGUGCGGCCGGCGGGCACGGCACAGAUCGGGCCAGCUCCCCUACUGCCGGCUCACACAACCGCUGGCAUGGCGCUUACAGAACCUUCACUGGAAGAACUACUGGCACAGCCGGUGCUCGAUUUGCAGUUCUUGGAGGCUUCAUUCUAUGAUGACUUGCAGGGUUUGUACUGGCCUGACUUCAGCACGGAGAAUUGGAAUGACCUGGCAUAA